CCUAAAGUUAUCCAAAGUUGUCGUCGGAAGAGAGGGUUGGAAUUAUCUCGCAGCGGACUGCUUCUUUCGUCGCAGUGGGUUGAGAGGGAGAGAGAGUGUGCGCGCGCGCGUGUGUGCCGUUUCCAUUUCCAUCUCUAGGUUUGUUUGCUUAGGUUACGCCGAGGAGGACGCUUUGAAAUCAAGCAAAGCUAUGUGCACAGUUUUAAGCUUGCGAUUCUCCCGAUGUUUAAACCGUAAAAGGGCGUCCGGGAUAGCCGAGCUACAUUUUUUUGUUGGCAAAGGGGGAUAAGUUUUAUUCCAAAUCGAUCGCUUAUUCUUCUUCUUAUUAUUAUAUAAACUCUGAUGUUCUUUUCGUUUCUGUCAAAAUCGUAGAACAGGUGUUCAAGUUUUUGGUGCUGUGAAUGGGUUCAUAUACAAUAGUUGAGAUUUAGUCGGUGGUUUGAAGAUGUUCUACUGAUUGGCCAUCGAGAAAUGUGAAUGAUUGAAGUAAUGUUAGCUUUGGUUUAAGUUUGUCCACAACGUAUCAGUAUGAGGAAGUAUACAAUAAUUUGAGGGUGCACUAUGAAUUGUAACGAGGAGAAUAGAGGGGGAGAUGAUAGGGAAACUGAGGCGCCAGUUUUGAGGCACUCUGUUGAGGCAGAAGGGAAACCAGUCAUCCAGAUUGGAUCCAUAACAGACCAACACUUGACCAUCGAUGAUAAUCUUCUCGUUGAUCCAAAAUUACUAUUUAUUGGAUCCAAGAUUGGCGAGGGUGCUCAUGGGAAGGUUUAUGAAGGCAGGUACCGGAACCAAAUUGUGGCCAUUAAAGUUCUUCAUCGAGGGAGUACUGUAGAAGAAAGGGCAGCACUUGAAAAUCGUUUUGCCCGUGAAGUAAAUAUGAUGUCCCGAGUAAAACAUGAAAAUCUUGUCAAGUUUAUUGGAGCUUGUAAAGAACCUCUAAUGGUGAUAGUUACAGAGCUAUUACCAGGAAUGUCACUCAGGAAGUAUCUGAUGAAUAAUCGUAAGCAACAGCUGGACCCUCGGCUGGCCAUUAACUUUGCUUUGGAUAUUGCUCGUGCUAUGGAUUGUCUACAUGCAAAUGGGAUUAUACAUAGAGAUCUCAAACCUGAUAAUUUGUUGCUUACUGCAAACCAAAGGUCUGUGAAGCUUGCAGACUUUGGACUUGCUAGAGAAGAAUCUGUGACCGAGAUGAUGACUGCAGAAACAGGGACUUACCGCUGGAUGGCUCCUGAGCUAUAUAGCACUGUGACAUUGCGGCAGGGAGAGAAGAAGCAUUACAACAACAAGGUGGACGUUUACAGCUUUGGAAUUGUGUUAUGGGAACUGUUGACCAACCGAAUGCCAUUUGAAGGGAUGUCCAAUUUGCAAGCUGCAUAUGCUGCUGCUUUCAAGCAAGAGAGACCGAGUAUUCCAGGCGACAUACCUCCAGAUCUAGCAUUUAUCGUACAGUCGUGUUGGGUGGAAGAUUCUAAGAUGAGGCCCAGCUUCAGCCAGAUCAUCCGCAUGCUUAAUGCAUAUCUAUUUACACUCCCACCUCCUUCUUCGCCGUCUUCACCGUCUUCACCAAAAUCUGACACAACGGAGACACCAACGUCUAGCAAUGGUACUAUCACCGAGUUCUCGGCUCGUGCAAGAGGAAAGUUUGGAUUCCUUCGCCAACUGUUUGCAGCUAAGAGGGCUAAGAACUCGCAAUAAGGGCAAUUAUUUUUUGAAUGGCUUGUUUUCUUUCCACAUGGAGAAAAAGAAGAAAUAGGAUGAAGGGUGUGGAAAAGGAAGGAAGGAAGGAAGGGUGUGAAUGGGGGAACCCAUUGACCAAAUAAUAAAACGAGAAAGAGAGAACUUCCAAAAUUGUUUAGUUUAGUUGAUUUGGGUUUCAUAGGAGGGUACAUAGACCUGUGGCUUUUCACUCUCAUAAUCAAAAUUUACUCACCAAAAAAGGAAACGACGUUUCUUUUGAAAUCUAUACACCCAGUAUUAAUUUUUA